GACUCGCAGUACUGAUGAAGUGGCUAAAACUUUCAACUCUAACUGUCUGAAACAAAAGUACAGUUUUACAGAAUGCCUUUCCGUUUUUGUCCCCAAUGUGGGACAAAGCUGCAGCCCGAUUUCAGAUUUUGCCCAUCAUGUGGGGAGAAACUUCCCGGCGCUGCUGAUGAACCUUCACCUGUUAGCUCACCUACCUCUUCAAAGGAUGAAGCAUCAGUGUCUGAAGCUGAAACAGGCCCUUCUUCAAGUUUUCAUGAAUCGAUUAAUACAACUCCGGUUUCACCUCGCCCUGCACUGCGAAAAGGCCGCAACUCCCUGCGCCUGGACAAAGCUGUUAAAUUCAGCAUCGAGGAUGUCCGUCAAUACACAACGCCCUCCCCUCGUGCUAGAGAUGCCGAACCCAAAGAUAUUGGUGUUGGAUAUGGAGUGUCUUCACCAGAAAGGCGCACAGCUGCUACACAAGUCAGUGCAGAGCUUGAACCAACUUCUAGGUCUGUUGUAAAACCCUCUCGACUUGUCCGGGGAAAAUCUAAACUCUCCAGUACCCCAAACAAGGAAGCAGAAGACAGCCCAUCGGAUAAAACCGGUGGCGUAUCACAGACAUCAGCAGUGGAUGGCUCUUCCCCCAUGUCCUCACCAAUCUCCAAGUCUCCUGUAAAAGUGACAGGCAGAAAUAAAGCCAAGAGAGCAAAGCUUGCAUUCGCAGUGGAGCCGCUGCAGGAGGGCGAGACGCUGACGGACACGACGGGUAACAAGUGGAAGCUGAUGAAGCUGCUCAGUCAGAGCACGUCGGAGCUGCUGUACGAAGUUUCACGACCCAAUUCAAAGGAAUCAGACCACAUCCUCAAACUGGGAGCUAAAGACGGAAGAAUCUUCAAUGAGCAGAACUUUCUGCAGAGAGCAGCCAAACCUGCAUCCGUGGACAAGUGGAUCAAACAAAACAAGAUGGAUUUUCUGGGUAUCCCGCCCUGCGCUGGCUUUGGUCCUCAUGCAGACUCAUACAGGUUUGUUAUUUUCCCUAACAUUGGUAGCUCUCUCUACUCUAUUAUGGAAGAAAACGACCAGCUUCUUUCUGAAAAGGCCGUUCUUCAGCUCGCCUGUAGAUUACUGGACGCGCUACAGUUUAUCCAUUCACACGAGUAUGUUCAUGCAGAUAUCAACGCAGAAAACAUCUACAUCAAACCAGGACAGAAAUCACAGGUGUAUCUGGUAGGAUACUGUCAUGCCUUCAGGUACCGUCCCGCGGGCCAGCAUGUGGAGUACCGUGAAGCCAGCAGAACACCACACGAGGGCACGCUGGAGUUUAUCAGUUUGGAGGCGCACAAGGGAGCAGCGCCGUCUUGCCGCAGCGACUUGCAGUCUCUGGGUUACUGCAUGCUGCGCUGGCACACAGGGAUGUUGCCGUGGACCGAAGUCACUCAGCCAGACAAGGUGGCUACACAGAAACAGAGAUACAAGGAAGAUGUUUCUGCCCUGUUGAAGUACUGCUUUGGGAAGAAGAAAGUUUCAUGUCCAUUUCAAACUUACUUGACAGCAGUGAUGGCUCUGGAGUACUCGGAGGAGCCCGACUACUCAGCACUGAAAGCAGGACUCACGGAUGGUUUACAGCAGCUGGGAGGGUCGGUAGAGCUGCCGCUCUGUUUGUAGGUGAGGACACGCCGCCCGGAGCUCACAGUCAAAUAUCUUCACAUGCACUUCGGUUUUAUACACUGAUGCCAGCAUGUUCUAGUUUGGCAGUGCCGGGUUUUCACUUAGAGCUCUCUCUUCUAGCAGGUGGUUUUAAUGUUGUCGUUUAUGUGUGCAAAUCAGGUUUUGUGUUCAGUUAAUCUUUGGUAUUAUCCUUAAAAAGCACGGGAGAGUCGUAUGACUUUCCAGGCUAGAGGAGUCCAAGUCUCCUUUUCAACCUCCACAAGUCUAAUAUAUUAUGAUGCCAAAAGGCUGUGUGUGUAGCUUGAUGAUCAACAUUCAGGGAAGCAAAGUUAAUGUGGUCCUUACUGCAGGUGAUCUACAAAAUUACUGACAAAACUGAAUUGAGCACAUGGGUGUUCAUAAUUUCAUAAUUGAAGGACAUCUGUGGGAGGAAUUUUAAGUUAUUUUCAGAUUGUAAAAAUGUUCCUACAUUCAGUGCGAAUGACUCUCUGGGUGAUUGGUAUUUGAAUCUUAAACCAUUUCAGUCUGCAAUAACUUUAAUUUAUACUUUUUUUUCUCUUGCAGAAAUAAAGCCAUAGCAAGAACUAAAUUUUUUUUUUUUUAUUCUGCUUUUAUCUAUGACGUUUAAUUGCACUGAAAGCCUUGUGUUUUAGAGUUCAAUAUGGGAUGUUGUCAUACUUUUAAUCAUUCAUUUUAUCAUUGACAUUUCUCAUCUAAAUGUAUUUUUUUUUUUUGCAUGUUAAUGAACAGGGGAGGCAAGUGGCAUUUCAGAUAGACUUUGGGUGACAAACACUUUUUUUUGUUGAAUGCAGUUAGUGUUUCUUAAGUUUGAGCUUUUAGUGUUUUCACUUUUGGGCUGUAAAUAGUUUACAUGUGUUUCUUGUUGGUAUGAAUAUAGGAAUGAAAAAGCACUGUUGUUUUAAAUGCUUCUGAAAAUGUAAAAUGCAUAAGCAGUACCUGUGGAUUGAUAAAAAUAAAAUUUCUAUAUU